UAUUUCAACUGCUGGGAUUUCGGUUUUACCUGCUCUGAGCCGCGGCCGCUGUUGCUGCCUCCGCCUCCGUUUGCUGCCGAUGAACACUGGAAUGGGAAAGAAGGUCGCCAAUGCCGUCGGCGGCAGGACGGCGAGGCCGUGCGAGGACUGCCGGAAGCGGCGGGCUCGUUGGUACUGCGCCGCAGACGACGCCUUCCUCUGCCAAGCGUGCGACACCCUCGUUCACUCUGCAAAUCCCUUGGCUCAACGCCACGAGCGUGUCCGCCUCAAAACAGCUUCGUCGCCGCCUUCAUUCAAGAACAAGGGCGGAGGAGAAGCUCUGCCUUCAUGGCAGGUCGGGUUCACCAGAAAGGCUCGGUCGCACCGCCCACACCCACACGCCAGGCCGGCUAAGCCCCAACUGAAGGCCGAGCCGGACUCCUUGGCCGCGAACCUUCCCCUCGUGCCGGAACUCGGCGACGAUCUUCAAGAAGAGAACGAGGAGCAACUCCUUUGCCGUGUUCCGGUAUUCGAUCCCGUCAUCGGUGAAUUCUGUGCCUCCGAUGGCACUACAGCCACCAUUAGUUCCGACGACCACAAACCUUCGCCGGCAACCGAUUCGAAUGAAAUGGACUGUGCCUUAGACGAUCUACCGUGUUUCCUCCCAUCUGACGCUGAUCUUGCCGAGUUCGCGGCGGAUGUGGAGAGCCUUCUUGGCAAAGGAUUUGAUGACGAUUCUUUCUGUAUGGAAGGGCUGGGGCUCUUAGACUCGAGAGACUACUGUGAAUUUGAUUACUCCGAGAGGCGUGUGAAGGUAGAAGAGAAGGAUGAGGUAGAAGAAGUGGGGGCUUCGGCCAAAGUAGAGGCCAUGGUGGACAUGUUGAGGGACACCUUGGAGUUCAAGUUCGACUAUGGCACACCGGCCACCACUGGCGAGGAAGAGUGCCUAGAAAAAGUACAAGUGAGAAGCAGUAAUGGAGGAAGCCGCAGCCGUCCCUCAAAACGGAUCUGUUUGCGGCUGGAUUACGAGGCGGUGAUAAAUGCAUGGGCGGGGCAGGGAACACCAUGGACGACCGGCGACCGGCCGAUGAUUAACCCUGAUGAGUGUUGGCCAGAUUGCUUGGUGAUGAGCGGAAUGGAGAUGGGCAGUUAUGGGGAGGCCAGUUUGGGCAGCCUGCAUGUGGGAAUUGGAGAUAGCGGGAGGGAGGCAAGGGUUUCAAGGUACAGAGAGAAGCGAAGAACAAGGCUCUUCGCGAAGAAGAUCCGGUAUGAAGUCCGAAAGCUCAACGCAGAGAAGAGGCCAAGGAUGAAGGGGAGGUUUGUGAAGAGAACGCCGUCUUUCGCUGCUCCUGCUUUUCCUUACUGAGGAGAAGAAAUUCUGCUUCAUAAAUCAAGUUUUUGAUGGAUGUCGAAAGCGAUCACUUUUGCUUUUUGGUGUUCAAUCUGUAGAUUAGGAUUUUGAUUUUGAUGCAACAUAAUAACAGUCUUAACCUCUUCGUCUUCUCGUCUAAUCAAUGUCAGGACUACUGACAUCCCUCUCUUAUCUGGGAUAAAUCAAUCUUCAUAUUUAUAUAUAGUAAUAUAACCGUCAUCUUUACUGUAA